AUGGCGCGGACUGGUCGUGCAGCUGGCCGCUUCGGAGUGUUGCUAGCACUGGCCGCGGCAAUUGCUGGAUGGAGCUUCGUCGGCGGUUGGCAGACCCCCAGCCGCGCCAGCGACGCCGUGACAGCGAUGGAGGCUGCAAAGGCCAAAAAGAAGAAGCAGAAGAUGUCCCUGGCAGAGGCUCUUGACCGCCAGAAGAAGGAAGAGAAGAUGGAGAAGAGCAAGAAGGAGGAGGCGAAGCUGGAGGCGGAGGAGACCUUCUGGGAGGGUCCCCCCUCCUCCACCGAGAUGUUUGCGCCCUUCCUGUCCUGCUUUGUGGUGAUCGGGAUCAUUCCCUUCAUUGCUGCCGUGAAUCGUCAGUUCAGGGUAAAGUACAAGAUCACCAACAAGCGAGUUUCGGUCACAGGUGGUCUUGAUGGGAAAGACAUCACUGAGUUCUCCUACCAGGAAAUCUACGAGAUGAAGUACGGCCUGAGGUUUCUGGGCUAUUGCGCCGACGUGAGGAUCAACCUUCGAGACGGCGCCAAAGUCGAGCUUUUCGGGCUGCUAAAUUUCGAGGAGAACUACAACUACAUGCUCUCCAAGUGUGAGAAGGAUGCCCGGCGGCGAAGUGACCCGCCUCUUUCCUUGAACGCGUGA